GCUGAUCAGCCAGGUUAAUGGAUAAACUUCCUACCUGCUGAGCCAGAGGUGACACUAGUGUGCAACCCGGAACAUACACACCACAGGCGGCGGGGGGGAAACUGAGGGGCAUCUGGAAUGAAAACAAACUCCGUUUUCAGUUUUCAGACACAUUCCCCGUAGCUGUGACCGUCCGGACAGUUACUGACAACGAAAACUACCCCCCCCCCCACCACAAAACGACGCCGAGCCUCGAGCUGAAGAUCAGCCCACGGGCUAAAGUUGAGCGGAGUGCCUGGCUGCUUAAUACGUGGCCGGUGAACACCCGGAGAUGGACCGAUACAGGUACUUUAUCUUCAACCAGAAGGGCGUGCUCGUCCUGGGUAUCCUCCAGGUGGCCUGUGCAGGUCUCUGUGUGGUCUGCGGGUUUAUGGACGCUGUUUUCCGCAAGGAUACCCCGCUGAGCACCACCAGGACACCGGUGUGGGGAGGACUGAUCAUGGCCUCUCCAGGUGUUUUGGCGCUGUUUGCCUCCCAAAGGAAAAACUCGGUCCUGGUGAGUGUGAUGGUGGCAGCAGCAGGGCUCUCCUGUGCGGCUGCGCUGUUUAUAUCAGGUUAUGCCUGUCUGACGCUCACCUAUGGGGAGGAGGAUGAAGAUGUCUUUCACCACCAUGACAGUCCUCAAGUGACCUGCUGUUCUUUGUGUCUCGCCUCAGACGUUUGUGCUUCAUCGGAUGGUGAAGGGGGCCAACGCCACCAUACUGCUGACCUGCACCAUCGGCCUGGCUCUCUCCUCCCUCAUUGCCUAUGUGGGCUGUCGCAGUCUGCCCUGCUGUGGCUGCUACGAUGCCAGAACUGGACUGGAGACACUGGUUCCUCAGUGUGACCCUGGGGACACAGAGAUGGUUUGCACCUGGCAAGCAGGAGGCGAUGACAGGCUCUUCAACUCUCCAGCUCAGUCCACUGACCGGGGCACCACUGAGGCAGAGGAGGGACCUUCCAAACUGCCUCCGUACAGCAGACUAACCUGACACAUGUCCACAGCAGAGACCGGUCUUCAACAUUUCUGUUUGCCGCCUUCAUUCCACGGAGGACGGGCAUGGUUUAAGACGUGCCUGCACAUUUCUUACUUUUUGAGUAAAGACUGAGGCGAGGAAUCUCGAGACUCUGCUAAAGCCAUCAGCAGCCUUAUAAAAAAUAUAUUCUAGACACCAUAGCACUUUGGACUGUGACAGCGCCUUUAUUUGCCCUUUGACCAAAGAUUUCAAAUUGCCAAAGAUUACCAAAGCUGAAUACUUGUAAAUGUGACAUGUCAGUACUGGAAUUUUGUUUGUUCAAAAUUCAUAAAUCUUGAAGCCAUUUUAUUUGUAUUUAAUAAAUAAAACCUGAGAGA